GUGUGAAAGAUCAGAGAAGAGAUUUGUCUGUGUAUUUUGUAUCUGGCUGUGGGGCUGCUCCCAUGAAUGAGAGUGAAUUUGCUGCAAAAAACUCCAAGAAAUGCAGCAGUACUUUGGGCUAGAAGCAACUGGGCAACUGGACACCUCAACUCUGGCAGUAAUGCACACACCUCGAUGUGGAGUGCCUGAUAUACAGCAUCUUAGGGCAGUGCCCCAGAGGUCAAGAUGGAUGAAGCGGUACCUCACUUACAGGAUCUAUAAUUACACUCCGGACAUGAAGCGUGAGGAUGUAGACUACAUAUUUCAGAAAGCUUUUCAAGUCUGGAGUGAUGUGACUCCUCUACGUUUCAGAAAGCUCCAUAAAGGCGAGGCUGACAUUAUGAUACUUUUUGCAUUUGGAGCUCAUGGAGACUUCAACUAUUUUGAUGGUGAAGGUGGUACACUAGCCCACGCUUUUUAUCCUGGACCUGGUAUUCAAGGAGAUGCACAUUUUGAUGAGGCAGAAACCUGGACUAAAAGUUUUCGAGGCACAAACCUCUUCCUUGUUGCUGUUCAUGAGCUUGGCCAUUCCUUGGGGCUGCAGCAUUCCAAUAAUCCAAAGUCAAUAAUGUACCCCACCUACAAAUACCUUGACCCCAACACAUUUCGCCUCUCUGCUGAUGAUAUAUAUAACAUUCAGUCUCUCUAUGGAGCCUCAGGGAAAAACCCAUCCUUGACGAAUCCUGGCAGUCCACCAUCAACUUUCUGUCAGCAAAGCUUGAGUUUUGAUGCUGUCACAACAGUGGGAGAGAAAAUCUUUUUCUUUAAAGACUGGUUCUUCUGGUGGAAGCUACCUGGGAAUGAAGCCACCAACAUUACUUCAAUUUCUUCCUUAUGGCCAACCAUCCCAUCUGGUAUUCAAGCUGCUUAUGAAAUUGAAGGCAGAAAUCAACUUUUUCUUUUUAAAGACGAGAAGUACUGGUUAAUAAACAACUUAGUACCAGAUCCACGCUAUCCCAGAAGUAUACACUCCCUGGGCUUCUCUGCAUCUGUGAAAAAGGUUGAUGCAGCUGUCUUUGACCCACUUCGCCAAAAGGUCUAUUUCUUUGUGGAUAAACAAUAUUGGAGGUAUGAUGUCAGGCAGGAGCUCAUGGACCCUGCUUACCCCAAGCUGAUUUCCACAUACUUCCCAGGAAUCAAGCCUAAAAUUGAUGCAGUCCUCUAUUUCAAAAGACACUACUACAUCUUCCAAGGAGCCUAUCUAUUGGAAUAUGACCCACUGUGGCGUCGUGUCACCAAAACAUUGAAAAGUACAAGCUGGUUCGGUUGUUAGGAAGAAUGUAGAGAAGGGGGCUUGCUGGCUUUUCAGUUUCAUAAGUACAUGGUCACUGUAUGCUCAGGGUGUAACUAUGUGGCAAUAAUGUAACACAAGAUAAGGGGAGGUGUACAGGCCACACAUCCAUAGUUACACAGAAAAGUGCUUUUACAAAAUUAACCUAUUUUAGUAAACUUUUUAAAGAUUACGAAAUUCUAAAUUUUAAAGAUUUCAAAAUUCUUAGUUUUGAAAACACAUGCCUUCAAAGGCCAACUGGUUUAUCUGUAAGUUGUUUUCUAACAACCUUCAAGUAGAAAACUUGGAAUUACUCCCCUGUCUUUACUGAAAUGUAACAUGUUUUAUUUUCUUUAAAUAAAUUUAAAGAAAGUGUUUGCCUUUUAGUUUUUUUCUUAAAAAAAGUAUGUGUGUGGAGGGGAGUGUUGCCUAUGUGUAUAUUUAUAUACCACAUGCUGGUAGAAGCCGAAAGGGGUUGUCAGCUCCCUAGAAAUGGGAGUUACCAUGAUUAUGAGAAGCCUUGUGGGGAUUGAAACCAGAUCUCCUGAAAGAGCAGCCUGUGCUCUUAACUCCUGUAUCAUCUCUCCAGCCCUAGUUAUAAUAUUUUUCUUGAAAACCAAUCAAUUUUAAAAAUAACUGUGGACUUCCAAAUAAAGUCUUUCUGUGACUGUACCAAGGCAUCCAUAGAGAUGUGAUAGCUAGAAGAAGUUGAACUUGGUGUCCUUUUAAUCACUUGUGUAUGAACAGCAGCCUAAACCCAAGAAAAGAAAGCAUUCUCUAGCCUGCACACAACUCCAAGGGUGGCUGCAUGUGACCAUAAGCCUGAAGAGGUAGGAAGAAAUGGGGCUUCUGUUCUGUUAGAUGUGUUGUGUGGCUCAUUCCACAUCAGAAAGUGGGUUGUACCAUUGCUAUGUGGCCUUACAGGACAUUAAACAGAAGCCUCCUUAAGCACAGGAGGAACUGUGAGUAGCAUAUGUUUUGUUUGUUACAGGGAAAAGACAAGGUAGUGAGCCUGACAUGUCUGUGUCCUCGCCUGCCUUCUAUUAGUUUUAUUUAUUGUCCUGACAUCUUGACUCCCUAUCUUCUGCAUUGGGUAUGCUGUAGAGAUCUCACUUAAAGCUUAUGGGUUUGUGAAAUAUGUCCAGUGUUAAAACUGACUGGUGUAUUGUCCAAGAAACAGAGAACCCUUCAUAGCAGAUUGUCAUUCGGGCAUUUUUGGAGACUGAAAUGAACUGAAAUAGGAGUGACAUGAGGAAAGGGCUCCUUCGCCUUCAUGUGUCAGAUGUGAGUGUUAACCUUCAACAUCAACUUCAUGAGAUCUGGGAUCAUGUAAGAGACAUGUGAGGACUACUUCAAAGAAGGUAAAUGGUAGGAAGCAUUUCCACCUUCAGGGUGGGUGGCAGAUCGACAACAGACCCAUCAUGGGAAGGACAGCAUGUUGUCCUUAAUAGGAUAGGUAAUUAAUUUUGGUUAUGAAUUUUCACUUCCUGUACCUAGUGCUCCUGCCCAAACUAUCACCCAUGGACUUACCUUCCCACCAGCGUGGAAUCCCACACAGCAUAGUUUCUGUUCAGGAGCCUCAUUUCACAGCCACGGUAGAGUGACAUUAGGCUCGUGUUCAUGUUGAUGUUCAUGUUCUGCACAGUCCUGACACAGGAAGAACACCUGUUUUCUAGGAUGCUGGAAGUCUUUGAUUGAUUUCUAGAGUCUUUAUCUCUUCAGUAUUAGAAACUGAACCCAGGGCUGUGUGUGUACAAACAAAUCACACCCCCUUUAAGCUACACCCUAGCAGUUAAGAUUCUAAAAUGGCCAUUUUUUUUUUUUUGCCAAUUUUGUGCUGGCGUUUUUGUUACUUUUAUGAAAAAAUAUUUUGAUUACCCUUUAUUGAAUCAUCCCAGGUGACAUGGCUUUUAAAUUAUUAAUUUUAGUGUUGGCAGCAAAGAGAUAUUUAAAAUCUUAAAUUGAUGAUACUAUUCUCAUAAUAAUUCUGUCAGCAUGGAUUUUUUUUUUCAGGAAAUGUAUUGUUUAUAUUAAAAUAUUACUUAGCUGACUCAAUAGCUAAAAUAUUUUCUUAACUUUUGCUAUGGCAAAGGUUUCCCGAGACAGAUUAACAAAUAAAAGCUCUUCAAAAUCUG